AUGUCGUUAACUGUGAAGCACCUUAACUCCGAUGCCUCCUUUCUCCUGUCCUUGGAGCCCAUCCUUCCCGAGCUCGCCGACCACCUGAGACCACAGCCGUUCACCAUACUUCUUGAUCCAUGGAUAACUGGCCCCUCUAAGAUCUUCCAUUCGAAGAUAUCCAUAGCGACGCAUAUACAUCCGGCAUGCAUCUCAUCACUCUCGGAACUGCCGGCACAACCGGACCUCGUCGUUAUAAGUCAGCAUAAGAGUGACCACUGCAACGAAGCUACGUUACGGCAGUUACCAGCGAGCGGGACAAGGACUCUCAUUCUCGCCGAACCCGCGGCGGCUCGGGUAAUCAAGAGCUGGAAGUACUUCGAUGCGGAUAAGAUCCGGACGAUAGAGCGAUGGGAAGAUCCAAGAGUGACGGGCAAGCAGUCCGUAAUACGCAUCCCAGUACCACCCAUCGUGCCCGGUGGCCAGCCAGGUGAGGUGACUGUCGCUUUCAUACCGCAGAAGCGCGAUAUAGCGGGCUUACAUGCCGCGAUCGGUAUCACGUACCGACCUCCGCCCACGCAUGAAUACCUAUAUCAUAUGAAGACCAUUGCCCCUGCAAUGUACAAACCACCCACGCCACCUGCCACUCCCAGCCCACCUAACACGCAGGCCUCUACCGUGACCGGGACCUCACUGGCCAUACCCGAAAGCAUCCUCCUAUCCCCGGUUACGCCGCCCAUCUCGCCGCAAUCUCUGCGCUCCGUACAAUCCACAUCAACCUUAAUUCCAUCCCCGAAUUUAAAUUCGUACUUCCCGCGCUCCACCUCCCAGGGCCACCAUCCCUUACGCCGCCCCACCACAUCCAACGGCCCCACCGCUGUCACCACCACUGCCAUCACCCGCCCUCUCUCAGUUAUCUUCUCCCCUCAUGGUAUCUCCUAUGAGCACCUUGCACCCUAUGCCACAUCACACCUAGUAGCCGAGGCUGCGCUACCGCUGACAGCGCUGCUGCAUUGUAUGGAUAGCGUCACAAACCCGUGGUGGUUCGGCGGCAAUAUCUGCGCGGGCGUCCCCGCCGGCGCCGCCAUCGCCACGCGUCUCGGUGCCCGAGUAUGGAUCAGCGCGCACGACGGCGAGAAAGAGGUUCGUGGCAUUGCAACGGGGUUCCUGAGAACGCGCCGGUGGAGGCGCGAGGAAGUGGAAGGGGCUUUGGACCUUCCUCUGCCACUACCUCCUCCUACUCGCGGAACGACGACUUCAUCCAAACAAUUCGGGCAUAGCCGGCAAUUUAGCGGCAAAAGCGUCAACAGCAACAGUAGCGCCAGUGCCAUAAGUACCUCGAUACUCCGUCUCGGCAGUGGCGACGAGGCCACCAUUUCUGGAAUGGGCAUGGUAUGGUGUUCAACCGAUGCACACCGGAAUGCGCAUUGGGAGAAUAACGAUAGCAACAACAAUGCCCGCGAUAGAGAGAAGUCGACACCGCAAAACACGCCCAGGCUUGUACCCAAUCCGUCUUCGUCUAUUGGGCUCAAAGGGAGGAAGUCAUUUCGAGCAGGCCUAUCUUUGCGGUUCAAGAGUGCUGCUGCCGCUACGUUCUAA